CCCUUGUAAUUUUUCCUUUUUCUAUUUUCUUUUUUCUUUUUUCGCUUCUUUCUUUCUUUCUUUCUUUCCCCCCUUCCUGUUUCCGUCAUUGCUCUGUUGGAAUUGAGCUUGGCUUGCUCGUUCUUCUGGAUUUUCCUUAAAUCCUCUUCAUCUUCUUCUUCACCUACCAUUUCUAGGGUUUGCGUUUCGUCGAGCCACGCGCACGGUUUCUCAUCUCUUCAAGAUUUUGGAUUCUUUUCUAAGCUGGGGAUUUUAAUUUAAAAGCAUGUCUAUGAGUGAGCGCAAGACUAUUGACCUAGAGCAAGGAUGGGACUUUAUGCAGAAGGGCAUAAUGAAGCUGAAGAAUAUUCUGGAAGGGUUGCCUGAGCCUCAGUUCAGCUCUGAGGACUACAUGAUGCUUUACACGACCAUAUAUAAUAUGUGCACUCAGAAGCCUCCUCAUGAUUAUUCCCAGCAACUAUAUGACAAGUACAAGGAAGCAUUUGAAGAAUACAUCCUGUCGACGGUGUUGCCUUCUUUGAGAGAGAAGCAUGAUGAAUUUAUGUUGAGAGAACUUGUGAAGAGGUGGGCAAACCAUAAAAUUAUGGUUAGGUGGCUUUCUCGUUUCUUUCACUAUUUGGACCGUUACUUUAUUGCUCGGAGAUCACUUCCACCGCUUAAUGAAGUUGGGCUGACUUGCUUCCGUGAUUUGGUUUACAAGGAACUAAAUGGGAAAGUGAGAGAUGCAGUAAUUUCUCUUAUUGAUCAAGAACGAGAAGGAGAGCAGAUUGAUCGAGCUCUAUUAAAAAAUGUAUUAGAUAUAUUUGUUGAAAUUGGAAUGGGUCAAAUGGAUCACUAUGAGAAUGAUUUUGAAGCAGCCAUGCUGAAAGACACUUCUGCUUAUUAUUCUCGAAAGGCUUCAAAUUGGAUCCUAGAAGAUUCUUGUCCUGAUUAUAUGCUUAAGGCUGAGGAAUGCUUAAAACGAGAGAAAGAUAGGGUUGCUCAUUACUUGCACUCCAGUAGUGAGCCAAAGCUGUUGGAGAAAGUUCAACAUGAGCUGUUAUCUGUGUAUGCAAAUCAACUCCUUGAAAAAGAGCAUUCUGGUUGUCAUGCAUUACUUAGGGAUGACAAGGUUGAAGAUUUGUCGAGGAUGUUCAGGCUCUUUUCUAAAAUACCUCGAGGCUUAGAUCCUGUUUCCAGUAUAUUUAAGCAGCAUGUUACUGCUGAAGGUAUGGCAUUGGUGAAGCUGGCUGAAGAUGCUGCUAGUAACAAAAAGGCAGAGAAGAAGGAUAUUAUUGGUUUACAGGAGCAGGUUUUUGUUCGGAAGGUGAUUGAGCUGCAUGACAAGUACCUGGCCUAUGUGAAUGACUGUUUCCAGAAUCACACUCUUUUCCACAAGGCUCUUAAGGAGGCUUUUGAGAACUUCUGCAACAAGGGUGUUGCUGGAAGCUCAAGUGCAGAACUACUUGCCACUUUUUGUGAUAACAUCCUGAAGAAAGGAGGAAGUGAAAAACUAAGUGAUGAAGCAAUCGAGGAAACUCUUGAAAAGGUUGUAAAGCUGCUGGCUUAUAUCAGUGACAAAGAUUUGUUUGCUGAAUUCUAUAGGAAGAAGCUUGCUAGAAGACUUCUUUUUGACAAGAGUGCCAAUGAUGACCAUGAGAGGAGCAUUUUGACAAAAUUGAAGCAACAAUGUGGUGGUCAGUUUACGUCGAAGAUGGAAGGAAUGGUUACAGAUUUGACACUGGCAAAGGAGAACCAAACAAGCUUUGAGGAGUAUCUAAGCAAUAAUCCAAAUGCAGAUCCUGGAAUUGACUUGACAGUUACAGUUCUAACUACUGGCUUCUGGCCAAGUUACAAGUCCUUUGACCUCAAUCUUCCAGCAGAAAUGGUUAGGUGUGUUGAAGUUUUCAAGGAAUUUUAUCAAACAAAAACUAAGCACAGAAAGCUUACAUGGAUUUACUCCUUGGGUACCUGCAAUAUAAGUGGAAAAUUCGAACCAAAAACUAUGGAACUAAUUGUGACAACAUACCAGGCUUCAGCAUUGCUUCUAUUUAAUUCCUCGGAUAGACUGAGUUAUUCUGAGAUAAUGACUCAGUUAAACUUAUCGGAUGAUGAUGUUAUUAGACUGCUGCAUUCCUUGUCAUGUGCAAAGUACAAGAUUCUUAAUAAGGAACCAAGCACAAAGACAAUAUCUUCUACUGAUUAUUUUGAAUUCAAUGCAAAAUUUACGGACAAAAUGAGGAGGAUUAAGAUUCCUCUUCCUCCUGUGGAUGAGAAGAAAAAAGUAAUUGAGGAUGUUGACAAGGACAGAAGAUAUGCUAUUGAUGCCUCAAUUGUGCGUAUUAUGAAGAGUCGGAAAGUUCUGAACUACCAACAGUUAGUUAUGGAAUGUGUCGAGCAGUUAGGUCGCAUGUUUAAGCCUGAUGUCAAGGCGAUUAAAAAGCGGAUUGAAGAUUUGAUAUCUCGAGACUACUUGGAAAGAGACAAAGAUAAUGCAAAUUUGUUCAGGUACUUAGCAUAAUGCUGCUUGACAAUUGUGCAAACAAAGUGGUUACUGCAGUUGCCGCAAAUAGUGAAAUGAGAAGAUCGUAUUUCAACAUGCAAGAAAUUGGUUCCUCCUUAUGAUUAUUCGUUGGAGAAAGGAGCUGGAGUACUUGUACAUUUUGCCUCCAUAUCCAGGUAUGGACUAUUACUGUAGAUGUGUGCUCCUGUUGAAAAAGUUGUAAAAUUCCUUAAGUACGUCCAGCUUAAUGGUAGUUUCAUGUCUAUUUCCGGUUUUGACUUCUGCAGUUCCAUCUGAUGACUUUGUCAAUGCCUGUCUGUUAAUUAUUCCUCCAACCCAUGAAGGAAAUAGGAAUCAUGUAACACUAGUUUCAAUGAAAUUCUAUUUUGAUUGUCGGUUUAGAAACCAUCAAAUGAAUGGAUAUGUCGUUGGAAUCCAGACCUACAGCUGUGGGUUAUGGGUCUCCACUUUGAUUGUUUAUAUCAUAUUUCAGAUCGACAUUUACAUGUU